ACACACACACACACUUCUGACAUUUCCGGUGCAGGAAACACAACCUGAGAAAUUUAACAGAAGGAAGCAGAAGAUAGACUGUAAUCUACUCAUUAUCAAUGAAAAGGUUUCUUCAGAACUCUUCCAUCAUUUUGCUGUGAAGGUUCUAAAAACAGAUCCCCAGAAGAACUGAAUUAAAUUCUGUAAACACCUGAAAACCUCUCAGUGAUCUUCAUUUGUAGAAAAGACAGAGUGCAGCCGUUGGACGUUUGAGUUUCCUAUAAAUACAUGCAACAGGAAGUGGUUAUGAAGCAGAGUGCGUGCAGAAACAAGGAACGCAAGAUUAGCUGAAACAGUAAAGAUCAGUUCAGACGGCAGUGGAGCUUCACGUGUGCUAAACUGCUGAGAGUGAGGUGACCGACUCCAUCACUCCAUCCAUGGGAACUGAUAAAGAGAGUGAGACAGAGGCACGUGCAGAGAUGGAGAAAGAAGAAGUGACACAGGAGGAGAGCGGAGGAGAGCGCGCGGAUGACGGGAACCUGUUGAACACAUACACCUGGCACACGGGAGGCGCGCGCGGCGAUCCAUCAGAGAAAAGCGCGGGAAGCAAGUGGAGUAAGAUGCAGAGCUGGAGGAAAGCAGUGAGUGAGGACACACCUGAUAAAUCACCGGCACCAUCACCGGCACCGGGGGCACGCGGGGGCAACGGAACCACCAAACCCGCGAGCGGGAGGAAGAACCCGUUCCGCAGAGCGCUGUCAGAACCUCCCGGCUCGCUCCUGUCCUCCAUCCUGUCUCCUUCAUCAUCAUCACCAUCACCUGCGGAAAACAGCGCGGCCGCAGACACGACACAGGGUGGGAAAUUCCGCAAAUACCUGCGGCAGGUGUCUCAGAAACUGAAGCGACCACGUGCGCAGAACCGCAACAACACAAGCACCUCACAACAACAACAACAACAACAACAACAACAGCACGAGGAUGUGCCAUGCGUGGACCCUGCAGAUUCAUUUCGGUUCUCCUGGGUUCCUCAGGAUGUUCCUGUGUGGGACAUCAACAACUGCAUCCUUCAGGAUGGACAGAUCUUUAUUUCCCGAGAGGAGGAGCCGUUGUGGAUGAGGAAUCGAGCAAGCAGCUGUCUGUCAUCUCUCAGUCUAGUGAACCUCACUGAAAGCCACUCCAACCUCGAGUGCACUCCAGAUCACGUGUCUGUGGCCCCGAAACCUAAAACUCAGGAUGGUGGCGUGAGAAUGAAAAUAAAACGGCGUCUGCAGGGUGGAGCUCACAGGAAACUGAGUAACCCACAACUGAACGUAGUGGGACUGAGUUCUGCAGCACGGUUUGGUUCUCGAGAUUCUCUCUCGGUACCACUGAAUGCAGCUGAAAGUCUGGAUGUAAGUUCAGACUGCACCACUGUAAUCCGGCCUGUGCACAGCUCCAUCCUUGGAGAAAAGUACUGCUUUGAGGUGAUUAACUCAGACAGUAACCACUGCUUUGGCUGCAGUUCUGCUGCUGAGAGGGACCGCUGGAUUGAGAACCUGCGGCGUGCUGCUCGGCCCAACAAGGAUAACUGUGAGCGUACAGAGAACUCUCUCAGCCUGUGGGUGAAUGAAGCUAAAGAUCUCCCACCAAAAAAGCGCUACUACUGUGAGAUUCAUCUUGAUGGUACGCUGUUCGCUCGCACCAGCAGUCGCGCUGUGGGUAAAUCAUCAUCAGUCCCUGGGAAUGAUGGCGGGUCAAGCACUGUGGGCGUAUCUUCUGGAGGAAGUGGAAGCGUAGGGGGUUGCCAGCUGUUUUGGGGCGAGCUUUUUGAGCUUGAUAACCUCCCCCCUGUCACACAGAUCACACUGCACCUGUUCCGUGAUGAUGACCCCAAGAAGAAGCGCCACUCGAAGGAUGAGUGCAUCUCUUACCCUCUGGGCAGCGUGGCUCUGUCUCUGGCCAACAUUAAAGGACGAAUAUUUCAGGAGAAAUGGUAUCCAAUCAUUCCCUUCAAACCUCCUGGUACAAGCGGGGUGAAGGAGCAGCUUGGGCCACAGGCAUGUGUCCGGGUGAAGGCACGAUUCCAGAACCUGCAGGUGCUGCCGAUUGAGAGAUAUAAGGAGUUUGCAGAGUAUGUGACACUGGGGUAUGUGGAGAUGUGCAGCAACCUGGAACCUCUACUGAAUGUCAGAGAUAAAGAGGAGCUGGCUGGAGCACUUGUCCAUGUCCUACAGAGCAUUGGAAAGGCCAAGGAAUUCCUAAUCGAGCUGGGUGGGGCUGAAGUCCAGCGGUCGGGUGAGAACGAGGCUCUAAUCUUCAGAGAAAACACUUUGGCCACCAAAGCCAUAGACGAGUACAUGAAGCUGGUGGGGCAGAAAUAUCUCAUCGAUACUCUUGGAGAUUUCAUCGCUCGACUGUAUGCAUCCUCAGAAAGCUGUGAAGUCGAUCCACAGAAAUGUUCUGCCUCCGAGCUGCUUGUCAACCAGCGCCACCUAAAGGAAACGUGUGGAGAAGUGAUGAAGCAUAUCACUGAGACGCACAGCUCUUUUCCAGUGGAACUGAAUGAAAUUUUCUCCAGCUGGGUGUCUGAUUGUGAGGAAUGCGGACGAGCCAACAUCGGACACCGUCUCAUUUCAGCAUCUUUGUUCCUCCGGUUCCUCUGUCCUGCCAUCCUCAGUCCCUCUCUGUUUGGACUGACCCAACCAUACCCAGAACCCAACACACUCCGUACUCUGACUCUCACGGCUAAGGUGCUGCAGAACCUUGCCAACUUCACAAAGUUUGGAGAGAAAGAAGCGUACAUGCUGUUCAUGAAUGACUUCCUGGUGGAACAUUGGGACAAUAUGAGGACUUUCCUGCAGAAAGUAUCAAACCCUGACUGUGAACUAGAGAUGGCGCGGUUUGAUGGAUAUGUGGAUCUUCCUUUACGCCUCGCUGUGCUUCACAGCCUGCUAGUGGCCAUCAUCUCCUCAAUGAGCCUGGAAACUAUAAACAACCUACAACCUCUACCCUCCAUCCUGAACCAGAUCACCGAACACCUCGGCCCGGACGUUCCCCAGAUCACCUGCAGCAGUUACAGUUGUGAAGCAGCCAAGCCCACCUACAUUCCUCCCCGAGACCUCAGCAAGUACAGCCCACUGAACAAGUCCCUUCAGCACCUGCCCACAGACCAACGCCCUGCACAUGCCAAGGACAAACAUCGGAAGCAGGUGACGAGGACGCAGAGUGUCCCUGCCUCUGGAAGACACCAUCGCCAUCCUGCGAAGAGAACGAACAGCACUACUGACCUGACAGAGAACCCUGACAUCCACCAGAACAGUGAAACUCCACCCAUGGACAUCUCGCCACCACAGCACACCACGAGUGCUAAACCCCUACCUGCUCAUAUUCCCUGGAUCAAAGAGCAGGAUCAAAUCAAUCAUGUUCGGGAAGAGACAAGUCUACUGGAUAAGCAUGCUCAGGAACUGUCUGAGCUGCGCUUGGGGGUGGAGCAGGUGACGGAGCGUGAGCUGGAGAUGGCGAAGCGGCUGGAGGAUUUCAUCAUCGUGAGUCAGGAACAGCAGGCACAGCUGCAGGCUGAAGUGCAGGAACUGCGCAGUGUGUUAGCUCUGCGAGAGGAGCAGCUUGCCAGUGCCACCUUCAGACUGGGAGUGAUUGAGGAGGAGCGUGAGGAAGAUGAGAGGAAGCUGAGUGUUGCUCUGGCAGCAGCUGAACGCAUGAAUGUGUUGGAGGAACAGUUUGCUGGUCUGUUAAAGAACAUGCAGCAAUUAAAUACAGCGCCGGACGACAACCUGAAAACAUCGUAGAUCAACAGUUUGACAGUUGCAGUUCCACUUUACCGACUUCAUGAUGACAUCAGAAAUUAAUCCUGAUUGGCUGGACAUUCUGCUGUCAACCAUCUUGAUUCUUUUUUUAUUCUCACACCUUCAAAUCUGUUAUCUCUAAUAAAUUCCUGUAGUUUUGAUUCCACUUGUACAUCAAUAAAGUUACACACCAUAUAA